ACGCAGGACCACUUCCUUUCAGUGUCCAUGUCGAAACCAUAAACACAUGGGCGAAUAACAGAAGAAUAAUUAACUCAAAAUGCGUAUUGAAAAGUGUUAUUUUUGCUCCGGACCGAUCUACCCCGGACACGGGAUGAUGUUUAUUCGCAAUGACUGCAAGGUAUUUAAAUUUUGCAGAUCAAAAUGUCACAAGAACUUCAAGAAGAAGCGCAAUCCAAGAAAGACCAGGUGGACCAAAGCGUUCAGAAAAGCUGCUGGCAAAGAACUGACCGUGGAUAACUCGCUGGAGUUUGAAAAGCGCAGAAGUAUUCCUGUUAAAUACCAGAGAGAGUUAUGGAACGAGACAGUGCAGGCCAUGAAGAAGGUAGAGGCCAUCAAACAGAAGCGACAGGCUCGCUUUAUCAUGAACAGGCUGAAGAAGGGCAAAGAGCUGGAGAAGGCAGAAGACAUCAACGAAGUCAAGAAAAAUAUCCACCUCAUCAGAGCAUCGCAUGCAGGGCAACCCAAAAAGCUGGAGGAGAAGAUGGUACAGAAACUGGCAGAAGACGUGGAAAUGGCUGAUUAAAUAUUUCCUGGCCUGAGCUUUGGCCGAAUAAGAUGCUCAAGAAAAUACCAUUUGUUUGUAGGCCGUAGGCCUUAAAAGUGACACUCUGAAGAGAGAUUACUCCUAACCUGUAACUGUCCGUAACUGCACUUCAGCUCGCAGAGCCCCCUGGAUGUGGAUGUUCAUGGGAAUCUGGGCAAGCUGAAACACCUUUAUUCUAAUUGCUGACAGAUUUAGAUUGAAAUUUUGCCCAAGUUAACACUUAAAUUGGCUGCCAGUCAAUUGAAUUGAAUUUGAUGUCAUGCGCAGUGGCAGUGAUAACACCAAUUUACUGCCAGCUACAUUAACAGUUUAGCUGAAGUAUCUCUGAAACUCACCUUACAGCUUCUUGUUCUAUUGUGGUGAUAAUAGAACAAGAAGUGGUGAUUCUGCUUCUCGUUCAUUGUGAGGAUAAAUCUUCCUUUUGUCAAAACAAUAAUUACAUUUAAACAGUGUGAAGUUUGUAAUAAAAUACCAUACCAAAAUGUUUGGUAGUUCUGUUUAAUGUCAUGUGAAGUUAUGCAUUUUCAUUGAACAUUUAAACAUCAAUCAACAUCAUUGCUGACUUUCAAUAAUAAAAUCUUCAUUUUAGAGCUGAA